AUGGCUAUCGACCCACAAAGAAUUAUUGACUUACAAAGAGAAUAUCAAAACUCUUCUAAGAGAUUAUGGUACAGAGGUCGUAACGGUAAGGCUUUGGUUUUACCAUUCUACGCAUUAUUCACAUUAACCACCGUCGUUCCAUUAUACUACACUGGUAGAGCUAUCUUCGGUAUCAAAGAUGAGUAG